UACCCCACCGCCCCACCCCGCCCUCUCACCUCUAAAGUAUAGUAGUCAAGGUAAACGCGUACGAACCGCCUGCUCGUUAGAUUCCGCGAAAAAUGAAAGUUGUUCUUUUCCUUUUGUUUUGUGAAGCUAUAUUAUUUUUUCUUUGAUCCCUUAAAUGCAGGACAUUUUGCCGGACAUACUAUAAUGUCGGACGAUAAGUUUAAAAAACGGACAAUCCGUCCUAAUGACGGACGAAUGGUCACUUUACUGAUACCCACCGCAAGCGAUAAAUAUUGAACUUUUCAAUUUAAAAAUAAACUUUAUCACAAUACCGUUCAUAAAUAGUUUUGUUGAGAGAGUAGCAGUUAUCAGUUAUUGACUUACUGCGCAACAGUGUACUAUUUAUUAACAUAAUGGAGCCAAACAAAUUGUUUAUAAGUGAAAAUAUAAUAGUUGACAAUAAAUUUCUCAAUGGCGGUAUCUUAGUGAAUAACGCGGGAAAAAUAACAAAAGUCCUACGUCAUCAUGAAAUCGCACCUUACAAAAAAUGUCAAAAUGUCGAAUUGCAGAUAAUCGAUGUAGGCACACAUGUUAUAAUGCCAGGAAUCGUGGACUCCCACGUUCACGUAAAUGAGCCUGGAAGAACGGAUUGGGAAGGCUACGAAACAGCCACAAGAGCUGCAGCAGCUGGAGGAGUUACAACAAUUGUCGACAUGCCCCUAAAUUCAAUACCACCAACCACCACAUUGCACAAUUUUAAACAAAAACUGAAAGCGGCCCAAGGGAAAGUUUACGUCGACGUAGCGUUUUGGGGAGGGGUCAUACCUGGAAAUCAAGAUGACUUGAUGGAUUUGAUAAACGCGGGGGUUGUCGGUUUUAAGUGUUUUAUGUGCGAGUCGGGCGUUGAGGAAUUUCCAUGCGUAAACAAAGAGCAAAUUGAGGUGGCUAUGAAAAUUUUGGAAAAUACGGACAGUGUUUUGGCUUUUCAUGCAGAACUUGAUGGUAACGGUUCAGCAGCUUCAAAUGAUGAUUCGUGUCAGUACAGUACCUUUUUGCGAACAAGACCUGCGUCAAUGGAGAUCAACGCUAUUAAGCUUAUUAUCGAAUUGGCGAGAAAUUAUAACGUGAGAGUACACAUUGUGCACCUAUCUACUGCUGACGCUUUACCAAUUAUUGCUGAAGCUAAAAAAGAUGGAGUUAAAUUAACUGUCGAGACUUGUCACCACUACCUAAGCAUAAAAAAUGAAGACAUUCCCGAGAAGGCGACCCAGUUUAAAUGUACACCACCCAUAAGGGAUCUUACAAAUCUUAAUUUACUAUGGCAGGCCAUCAAGAAUGGAUUGUUGGAUAUGGUGGUUUCUGAUCACUCACCAUGCACAUCUGACUUAAAGUGUCUGGAAUCCGGCAAUUUCAUGCAAGCUUGGGGAGGAAUAUCAUCUUUGCAAUUUGAUCUUUCCUUAUUUUGGACGCAAGUAAAACAACAUGGACUCUCCAUCUUUGACAUAAAUAAGUAUAUGACUUACAUGCCGGCGAAGUUAGUGGGAUUGCAUAACGUUAAGGGGCAGAUAGCAACAAACUACGAUGCCGAUUUCGUUAUUUGGGAUCCUCAUUCUAUUAUACAUGUAGAACCAGAAAUGAUUCAGCACAAAAAUAAGAUUACUCCAUACUUAGGAAAAAAUCUCUAUGGUAAAGUAUUGAAGACUGUAGUAAGAGGUCAUGUGGUUUACGACAAUGAGAAAUUUGUGAAUAAGCCAAAUGGAAAAUUAAUUCAAAAUGUGAUUAAAGAUGAAAUUAUUUAACAUUCAUAUAAUGCUCUUGAAACCCAUGAAAGUGAUGCAACCUGUACAACUGUGAACAUUUAAAAUGAAGUGAAACAACUUUA